GUCAAUGCAUCCUCCUCCCCAGUGACAGAAAGGGGGCCAGGGUAUAAAAGAAGUGUAUGUUUCCUCAACAUUAACAGUUCACUCUCACAUCUUCACUCCUCGUCUUUCAACUGUUGGUAGUCUAGUCUCAGCUGUGUCCGUAAGAUCCGGAGCUAAGAUGACUUUCUACGAUGACAUUUACCCAUUCUACCCUCUACAAAGGACCUCCUUCAUCUUCAAUAGCAGCUUGCUAACUAUUAUCCUGGUAUUCCUUGUGCUAGCAGUCAGUCUUCUUCUCAUUCUGCCAGGGAUACGAGGGAAGUCGAGGCUGUUCUGGAUGAUUAGAAUAAUUAUCAGUUUGUUCAUAGGGGCGGUGAUAGUGGCACUCAACUUUACUGACAACUGGGCUGAGGCCAGAGUGACCACUAAUGCCACCUACAAGUCUUUCAGCAAUGCAGUGGUUAACGCUGAGAUCGGCUUGCACGUUGGACUGUACGGCAUUAAUGUUACACUAAAAGGGAAUCCUAUUGUACAGUUCAAUGAGACAAUUGACUACAAUGAGAUGUUCAGCUGGCACAACACUAUUGAAAAAGAGUAUGAGGAAGCUCUGGAGAAAGGGUUACCUAACCCCAUCCUGUACAUUGCUGAGAAAUUCACCCUCAGCAGCCCAUGUGGACUCAUCUUUCAGUACAGAUACUCUGGACGAUACGCUUCUGCAACACUCUGGACGGCAUUUUGCUGCUGGAUGCUCGCCAAUAUCCUCCUCUCCAUGCCGGUCAUUCUGUAUGCUGGAUACAUGAUGAUGGCCACCGCUGCCUUCAUCUUCUUCGCCAUGGCCUCCUUCUCCACCAUCAUGAAUGCGCCACAGUGUGUUUUCUCCAUAGGAAGUGACUCCUUUGAAACUGAUUACAGCCAUUCAUUCUGGCUGGCUCUGGCUACAGGUGUGCUGUGCACCCUCAUUGGGAUUCUGGUGGUGAUGUUAAACGUCAUAAUACCAGAGAAGAUGAACGAGGCUUUCAGCAUUGGUGUCGACAGUUAUGAAGAUGAGGACGGAUCUUAUGGGGAGGGGUACCUGAAUUCAGUUUUCCUUAAUGAAGUGACAACUUUACCAAUGACAUCAAAUGUCAAGGCGGAACAUAUAUGAAGCCGUCCAGGUUUCCCUCAGGGAGCUUUUCCAGAAAAUACUUGAAGAUAUUUUUGCUGAAUAUGUUACAGAUGAGUGUCUAAUUUCACAAUUGUUUAUUAUUAAUGUUUAUUAUCUAUGUGACCUUCUUAAGUGUUAUAAUUGAUUUAACUGUAAAUAGUUGUAAAGUUCAUUGUCAUGCUGCAGUAGUUGUAAGUACAAUAUAUAAAUGUAUGGGAUCCAUACAGUAUGUGUAUAUACACUGAUCAAUAUGGAAUAUAGAUCAGUCAUUGUUCAACUCUUUUUUCAUUAGCAAUUAACAAAUGUUAUGUACUAACUGAUAUUGAUUACUUUGAUGUUUGAUAGCCUCUUCAGGAUUUCUUGCAAUGCAUGCAUUUUGCCAUAACAACAACAUGUGGUUUAAUUAGUAUAGUUUCUGAGCGGUGUCAUCGGUUGAAGUAUCUAUCUUUCACAGCUUUUGAGAUCCAAAUAAAUGUGAAAACACGAGAUGAAGAAUGAAUACCAAACUGCUUGGAUAAGUACAACUGAUUCAUCUCUAAUCCAGGCUAAUGUACUUUAUGUUUUACAAAAUAAAAACAAAACAAACAUCAA